AUAUAUAUAUAUACUGAGUUUGAUGCACAACUCAUUCAUUACUGAUAAACAAUUCAAAUUCUCAAUAUGAUGGUUGUUGUGCUUGUGUUCUUGCUAGCCACUACUCAUGUUUUGGGUAGUAGUGAUGAUGACGAGGGACUGCAUAAUGGAGCUUCUCAGGUACAAUACUCGUGUAUAGAAAGAGAGAGACAAGCUCUUCUCACCUUCAAACAAGGCCUUGAUGAUAUUGAUAACAUCUUAUCAUCUUGGACAAGGAACAACAAAGAAUGCUGCUCAUGGAGAGGUAUCAGGUGCGAUAACUUAACUAAUCAUAUUGUCAUGCUUGAUCUUCGCCCUAAUUUGAUCCCUACUUAUGACGACGAUUUCGAUUGGCUUCCUAUGGGAGGUGAAAUCGGUUUCUCUUUGGUUCAACUCCAUUACUUGGAGCAUUUGGAUCUUAGUUACAAUGAUUUCACUACAAUUCCAAAGUUUAUCGACGCUUUCACAAAUCUCAGAUAUCUCAACUUGUCAAAAAAUCCUUUAGUUGGAACUAUUCCUCCACAACUUGGAAAUCUCACCAAGUUGCAUGUUCUUGAUCUUACUGGCUCUUUCAGCAAGUUGACUACUAAGAGUUUCAAAUGGCUUUCUCAUCUUUCUUAUCUCAAAAUCUUUAGAUUGAGAAGUACCAAUUUUACCCAAGCUUUGGAUUGGUUUGAUUCCUUUAAAACAACUCCAUCCUUGUCGUACUUACACCUACAUGAUUGUCAAUUUCCUGAGUUGGAUGAUUCUUCUUUUUCUCCUACAAAAAACUCUUCAAAUUCAAUCACAACCCUUCAUGUCUCUGGUAGCACGUUUGGAACUUCAACAAUUUCACACUUGCUUAACUUGAGCAAUAACCUUAUUGAUCUCUCUCUACAACUCAAUUUCCUCAUCAAAGGUAGUUCUAUUCCAGAUUCUUUUGAAAAUCUAAGAUCUCUAAGGCGUUGUUACUUGUUCUCUAAUCAGUUUGAAGGAGAAGUACCAAAAUCAAUGAAGAAUCUUUGCCAUCUUCGAGAAUUAGUCAUGGUUCGCAAUAGUUUCACUUCCACCCUUCUUGAUAUCUUAGAAAGCCUCAAACAUUGUAAUAACAAUUCCUUAGAAAUUCUAAAUUUGGGUUUGAACAAAAUUGAGGGAUAUUUUCCUGACUUUGAAAAAUUUCCCAUGUCUCUUAAAGACUUAAAUGUCAGAGAAAACAAACUAAGUGGAUCAUUGCCUAUUGAUAUUUCAAAGAUGUUACACUUAAGAGAGCUUGAUGUGUCAAACAAUAAGUUAAAUGGUACUUUACCAAAAACUAUUGGCAAGCUCUCUUUUCUUAACAUUUUGGAUAUAUCCAAGAAUUUUUUCACAGGAGUUGUCUCUGAACCACUUCUUGGGAACCUCUCCAAGUUGCACUAUCUUGACUUGUCUUCCAACUCUUUAACUUUGGAAUUGCCAUUCAACUGGAUUCCCCCUUUUCAACUCCAAUAUAUAAGUUUGAGAUCAUGCAUGUUAGGUCCUCAUUUUCCUUCUUGGCUCCAAACACAAUCAAAUGUUUCAUAUCUUGAUUUAUCUAGGUCUGGGAUAAUAUCUAAUACCAUUCCCAAAUGGUUUUUCAAUCUAACUUUCAAUUUAUAUUAUUUGGAUCUAUCUUUCAACCUUAUCAAUAGUACCUUGCCAAACAUUCCACUAAACUCCAACAAUUUUCCUUAUGUUGAUUUAAGCUCUAACAAGUUUCAUGGCCAUAUCUCACCUAAUUCUCUUUUCAAAGCAAGUGUGUUGAAUCUUUCCAAUAAUACCCUCACAAAAUUUGUGCAUCACUUUUGCACUACUCUACAUGACAGGGAAAUGAUAAUUCUUGACCUUUCCAAUAAUCAUUUAUUGGGAAGCAUUCCUGAUUGUUGGUUUCAUCUACAACAUUUGCAAGUUCUUAAUUUGCACAGUAAUAGAUUGUCAGGAGUGAUCCCAAACUCAAUUUCUUCUCUACAUGAACUUGAAACAUUGCAUUUGAGGAAUAAUAGCUUGUCAGGAACUUUACCAUCAACCUUGAAGAAUUGCACCCAAUUGACUUUUCUAGAUGUUGGAGAGAAUAAAAUGGAAGGAACUAUACCACCAUGGAUUGGAGAAACACUGAAGUUUUUGGUUGUCCUUCAACUAAAAUCUAAUAACUUCUAUGGAACAAUACCAUCAAAUCUGUGUCAUCUUCAUUUUAUUCAAAUAUUUGACAUUUCUCAAAAUAAUAUACAUGGAGCUAUCCCAUCUUGCAUCAACAAUUUCACAUCAAUGGUUGAGGUUCUAAUGCCUGAAGAGGAAUUUAGAUCAAUUUCAGUAUACUAUAAUUUUGGUCGAUUAUUUUAUGGAUUAUAUGACAAUAAUGCAUUUGUUAGAUGGAAAGGAAAAGAAUAUGAGUAUGAAAAUAUUUUGGGAUUACUGAGAGUCAUUGAUCUUUCGAGCAAUAGAUUAGUUGGAGAGAUUCCCAAAGGAUUGACAAAUCUUGUGGAACUAGCUCAAUUGAACUUGUCAAGGAAUAAUUUGAGUGGAGUCAUUCCUGAGAAUAUUGGGAACUUGAGUAAGCUAGAAUCACUAGAUUUGUCCCAUAACAAUUUUUAUGGUAACAUUUCUAUGGGAUUGGCCAAACUCUCCUCUCUGGCAUAUUUGGACCUAUCAUAUAAUCACUUUUCUGGAAGAAUCCCUACUGGCACUCAAUUGCAAAGCUUCAAAGAUUCUUCUUAUUUUGGGAAUUUUGGACUAUGUGGACCUCCACUUUUGACUGCAUGUCCUGGAGAUGAGGAAAAAAUCAAAGAUCAUUUUCCAGAAAAUAAAAGCUAUGUUGAACAUGAUCAAGGAAUGUUUGACAUGUCAUGGUUUUACAUCGGGCUAGAAGUUGGAUUUGCUCUUGGUUUUAUUGGAGUUUGUGGAACUUUGUUCUUAAACUCUAAGUGGUGAGUUGCCUAUUUUCGGUGCUUAAAUAAUUUUGAAGAUUGGCUUCACCUUAUGAUUCGCAUUAGAAUAUCUAAAUUAAGAAGACACCUUCAAAGCUAGAUGCAUGAUUCAUAUUGGAAGAACACUUUAGAGAAAUCUAAGUUGUUCUAUUUCCUGAAUAUGAGAGAACAUGAAGAGAAGAAUAAAGAUGCAGUGCUUGCCCAUUAAAUGCUAUUUGAGGUAUACUUAUGGCUUUUAUGUUGUUUUUAUAUAUUUUGUUUUCAACAAGUACAAUAAUUUUUCUUAAGUGAAGCACUUUAUGAUAUGAUAUUUUUAUAUAGCUUUGUUGGUUGAGUUGUUUAAAAUGUAUUUGGCUAAAUGUGUAUGUAGUACCUGAACUUUAAUGAUAAAACAUGAAUGGGUAAGUGGUUCUAUAUAUGUAUUA